AUGUUCAGUGAAUAGCCAAAUAACAGCAAUAAAUCUAAGCGCGAUAGUUUUGAAUAAAAAGAGAGGGAAAAGGUUAGCAAAGCUCCUGAAAUGGAUAGCAAGGAGGAUGUUUCUUUUUAAGAUAAUUAUACCGGUAUAAGGGUAUUGUUAUUUGGAGUGUGUGUUGUAUUUUCUGGCUAUUUUAUACACACUAAGAUGCAGAAUUUGCAGAGAUUAAAUAAGCUAAAACAGCAAGGACUGAUUGAUUACAAUGAUGAAUCCAAAUUAUCAGAGGAAGAAAAAAAAAUUAGGAUUGGAGGGUACUGGGCAUUGAAGGAUUUAGAGGGAAAAGACUUUAGUAGCUAUAAGCUUGAAGGCUCUUACUAUCUUUUGUUCUUCGGAUUUUCUUUAUGCCCCGAUGUCUGUCCCCUAUCUAUCUUGAAAAUGACAAAAGCGAUCAAUAAAAUAAGAACCAGUAAUGAGGGUAAAUUCUUCAGGCUGAAGCCAGUCUUUGUGACAGUCAACCCAGACUAUGAUACUCCUUAAAAACUUGACUAAUUCAAGCAGAUGUUUGAUGAACACCUUAUUGUACUCAGAGCAGAAAGCACCUAGUCACCUUAACUAAUGGAAAUGCUCAGAAAAUUCAAAGUGCCUGUAGGGCUAAGUCCAGAUGAAGUAGUUAAAGUCAACGAGUUCUUCAGUGAAAAGCACGAGAAAAAAGGCUUUUUCUCUAGGAUUUUCAGCAAGAAGGAAAAUUUAGACUCAGAUAUGGGCUAUAUGAAUGAUCAUUCUAGAGUGUUUUACCUAAUUGGACCUGAGAAUCAGUUUCUAUCUUUUUACAACUUAGAUAUUGAAACGAAUGAGCUAUCUGCUAGUAUAAUGGAUGAUAUGAGUUAUGAUCUUGGAACAAGAUAUGUGGGUACUGGACAUAAACCACCAGUUAAGCUAGGUCAAUAAUGA